GUGGCAUGCUAUCUCUGAUUGGCAGACUCCUGUUUACAUCCAAAUUUCAGUUGCUAUGGCCACGCCCGGCGGAAGCGGAAGCGCAGUGAGAGCUGGGAGGCUCAGUACACAGCGACAGGGCUGACAGCAGCGGGUGAAGAGGAGCAGGAUGGUGUCCUGGAUCAUCUCCCGAGCUGUGGUGCUUGUCUUCGGUUUGUUGUAUCCUGCGUAUUCCUCGUACAAAGCCGUAAAAACCAAGAAUGUUCGUGAAUAUGUGCGCUGGAUGAUGUACUGGAUAGUCUUCUCUCUGUUCAUGACGGUAGAAACGUUUACAGACAUAUUUAUGUCCUGGUUCCCAUUUUACUAUGAGAUUAAAAUGGCCUUUGUGAUAUGGCUGCUGUCUCCGUACACAAGAGGAGCCAGCCUUCUGUACAGGAAGUGUGUGCAUCCUGCCUUAUCCCUGAGGGAGAAGGAGAUAGACUCUUAUAUUGUGCAGGCAAAGGAACGAAGCUACGAGUCGGUUGUGACCCUUGGACGGAAAGGUCUGAACAUAGCAGCCAGUGCAGCUGUGCAAGCGGCUACCAAGGGCCAGGGGGCGCUAGUGGGACGUCUGCGUAGUUUCAGUAUGCAUGACUUGAGAGAUCUCCCGGAUGAUACACCCAUACACUACAGAGACCCCCUGUAUCCUGAUGCAGCUGAGCUCCAUCGCCGCCCUAUUGGUUACACCACCCAGUCCCAGGCUGACAGCGACUCCAUGGAUGAGCGGUGGUCAGACACCGAUACCAAAUCCUCAGCAAGAACACGAGGUGGCCUACCUCCGAAACCUAUGCAGAGAAGCCAGAGUCUGAGGGUUAGCAAGAAGAAGGUGGUAACGAGGGAGGCAUCUACCAGGAGCAGUAAACCUAGAGCGAAGAAGAAGGUGGUGCAGUCUGAAUCGGAAAUGUAACUUAUGGUGGUGACUGCGGAAGGAGUGGCAAGCGGACCCCUCGCCCUCAUUGGCUGAAAGCUGAUAACACUGAAUGUUAAACCUAAUUUAAUGCUCACACUGGCUGCGUGUUAUGGUUUGAGACUUCAUGGUGUGUGUCUGUGUAAAGAUGUAGCAGUAUGUGACUGCCAAUCACUGCGGCUGCUUGUAUGUGUGUGUGGGUAAGAGGACAUACAUAUUUAUAGAUUUACAACCGCACUUGUACACGUUGUAUAAACAGAGCUGGGUACUGUUUCAUGAACUACAUUAUAUUAGGACAUGAAAGUUACCCUUCCGGUUUCAUCUGCUAUAAUACUGCCCAGAAACACCAGUCUAAUGAUAUUUCAGCCAACAGAGACUGGAUGUGGCUCAUCUGACACCAGACCGCCCCCUUUAUUCCUCCCCCCUCCUCCUCCUCCUCUCCUUUACCUUCUUAGUCUGCUGCACACUGCAAAGAGCGGCCAUUUAAUUACUGGGGAGGAGGCGUAGUAGUCCCACUUUCUUUUCCCAUCUCCCUAUAGCCCUACUCUGUCACAUCCCCUACCACUGUCCUCUCCGCUCUGCAGACGUCCAUAUGUGUAACCAUUACUUUUUGGAUGGGGAAGGGGGGGUGUUACAUAUAGUUGUGUCCACCAAGGAUGUCUACUAAUAUGUUUUAGGUGUAACUGCUCUGGCUGUGCGACUCAGGGAUAUAGCGACUCCCAUCCUCCAUAGUGUUCCCCAUUCUGGACCUUGGUUACCCCUUUCUACACCUUUUGCAGUCACAUGAGCUGUAUGGUCUUCUGUAAGUGUUACAACAGCACCUCUGUGCUAAGGGUGUUUGCGUCUUACUUGCGAAAGCUGGUGGAUUAAUAUGACAUUACUGUACUUGGUUUUAUUCCUAGAACAAUGUGUGUGUAUAUUUAUCAUUUACAUGUUUGUCUGUUUUGUACAGUACACUACAUUCCCCACGUCUGUACUUUUGUCCAGUGUCACAUUCUGGUUCUCAGGACUGUGGUCCUGGUUUCAUAUGCAGUGUAUGCUUCGUCCAUUUCUUGCUGCGGUCUGGACCAUGCUGAGGGCUCACACUGUGACACGUCAAACCAACAUCUGAUAUGAAUCCUUCGUAAAAGGGAUAUUCACCCACAAGCGCAACCUCCUGCAGCAUUGUAUUGUCCAACUUUAUUAUUCCAGAGUCACUUGAGAGAGAAUGGAGCAUCUCUGAUUCCCGCCAUGUGAUUGGACAGUCACCUAUACCAUGUGAUAUGACCAGCACCAGUGGGCACUUAGAUAUUCUCUCUUAACAUUCAUUCCGGAAGUUAGUGCGGAACAGUUCGAUCUUCAAACAUUGGGGAUAGACUGAGGAUGUUUCUAGCCACAAUACACUUUAAGCAGAAACGUAGUAAGGUGCAUUGUAGAUAGACAUGUGAUCUGAAACGGCUUAAAGUGAGAGCAGUGUCUAUUACCGUCACAUGUAUGUGCCAAUCUGUUUUUGUUAACACCAUUUCUUGUACCAUUCUAUCCCUGAACUACUGUAUAUACUUCCUGCACAUAAGCUGGAGGUAUGUGUAUGGUACACACUAGAUGCAAUAAUUUACUGUCACUUUUUUUGUAUUUUGAUAUUUUAUUAGUAUUUGGACUUUCUUUUUUUUAUUAACGGUUAAAGUUUUUUGUUUCAGUUGGAAGCCGUUGCGGAUCAGAGAGAACCUGUUGCGUUUUGCUUUCACAUGCUAUGGAGAUGGCCUAGUUUUCAUACUUAAAAAAGAUUUUCUACCCACGUGCUGCUUUUAUCAAAUAGUUUUAUGUUUUCAGUUUUGGCCAUGUAUAGUUGCUUCAGGAGCAUUGGGAUAUGUCACCAGCGUGUAAUGCAGGGAGCAUGUUAUCUCUAUGAAUGCAUGGCUAUAAGCAGAGGGAGGUUAGAUAAAUGAAGAAAAGCCUUUAGUAAAACUUGCAGGAGGGCUCAAAGCAAAAUGAUCUGAAGAUUGAAUGUCUCUCCCUUUUUAUAAGCCUGUUAAGAAAUGUAGCCUGAAGCUAUAAUCUGACGAUUAAAGGACACCCAUAUUCAAUAAAUGUGUCUUCCAAAACCUCUCGUGCUGAUGACCAAAGCUGCGUGACCUGUAACCCUCUUAAUGUUUUGUACUACGAGAACUUGUUUUCUCUCAAUUGCACUCUUUCUUGUGUGUCCAAAUUCUAAUCCCACUACUAUGCAGAAAGGGUUACAAUGGUCCUAUUGUCUGUGUAUUUAUAUAUGUGAGAUGUCUACUGUAUUCAAAUCACAUUUGCUGAAAGGUCUAUUUUAAUGGAACAGCAUCAUCAUUUUCCACAGAUGAAUUCCAUUGUUUGUGAAAACGGUAAUAUUUUCUGAGUGUGCCAAAGCUUAGCUGCCACAGUCUGUUCAGAAAUUGGGACUCUUUGGUCCCUGGGUGUACAAAAUAUCCUAAGACUGCCCUGUAAUUUGGGUCCAGCGAUUGUCUCAAGUGCCUAAUGUUUUGACCACUUUUAUAUGUUUGACAUUCUCUGUCUUUUUUGAUACCCCUUCAAAAUAAACUUUUUUUUUGUGUAUUGCUAA